AUGGCCGCGACAGCUGCUCAGCCCCCGAGCCAGCCCCUCCGCGACCCGGACGCCAUGGACGUCGACUCUGAGGGCCCCAUCGGCUCGCAGCAGAGCGUCGGUGGCUCGACCCCUACCAGCGAGAGCGUCACAACCCCCACGACUCCUACCCCAGAGGCCGUCACCGCCAACCAGUCCCCGGUGAGCGGUACGCCUCUUCCCGACCAGCCGAUUCCCGACGGCGCCAAGGCGCCGCAGUGGAAGACGGACAACGGCCCGUCGGCCGACAAGCCCCCGGCACAGAGCGAGCCGAUCAACAUUCCAAAGCAGACUGAGGCGCCCAAGCAGACCCCGAAAGAGGCGCCGAAGACUGAAGCGCCGAAGCCGACGCCCCAGCCUGAAGCCCCGAAAGUCGACAAGGGACCCGUGCCCGAGCUCAAGGACCUGCUCAACAACGAGAAGUCGCUCGGCAGCGGGCUCGACUGCAUGUCCAUGUCUGUGUCGGAGCUGCAGGACCUGCUCGACCAGGCGACGGCGCUCAAGGCGGACGGCAACAAGGCGUUCGUGAUCCGCCCGCAUACGGCCGCGACUCUCAAGACGGCAGAGGAGGACUACAAGCGUGCGCUCGGCAAGCUCCCGAAUGUCCCGAAGCACCUGCCCAUGCCGACGCUGCAGGACCUGGCGGAAAAGGAGCGCAUUGUGGAGAUCAACGACGAGGAGGCCGAGCAGAUCGAGAAGGACCAGCAGGCGGGUCCCGUGCGUUGUAACGUCGACAACGAGAUCCGGGACGCCAAGAAGGUGCUCUGGGCCAACCUCGGUGCCGUGUACGUUGCGCAGGGACGUGACCGCGAGGCUGUCGACGCCUGUACGCGCGCGCUCCACUAUGACCCGAAGUAUCAGAAGGCGCUUCUGCGCCGUGCGUCGGCGUCUGAGAAGCUCGGUACAUGGUCCGCUCUUACGAACGCCCAGCGCGACUACAUUGCGCUCAUGGGCAUGCUCCCUGCCUCGCCCCUGCCCGGAAGCGCGGACGCGCAGAACCUGAAGCAGGUCGAGCAAGGCCUCAAGACGCUGCCGGCCAAGAUUCGCGCGGCCAAGGAGAAGGAGACGAACGAGGCCACCGACAAGAUUGGCCAGAGCAAGAUCUCCUCGUGA